AAGCAGGAGGCUCUGGAUAGAGGAGGAGGUGGUGAUGCUGUCUGUGACCGGCUCCUGUUCCCUGUCUGUCCGCUGAAGUGCUCUGUAACUCCCCUUAUAAAGUCAGGAGCGGGACGGCAGUGCUGGCGCAGAGAGGAAAUGCCACGUUAUUUAAGGAAGAACGCUGUUUUGGCAGUGCUCCUACUAGCUGGGGGAUUGUACCUCAUGAGCCACUCAAGUUUUCUCAUAGAUGGCCCCACAAGGUCAAGUGAACACAUUCCAAAUGAAUUAUCUUGGCAGACAGAGAGGUUUGUCAGAAAGGACUCCUGGGUUGAUCAGGGAGAUUACCUUCCUCUCAACACGUCCUAUAAGCUGCUCUCUGGAGCACCAUCUAUUCAACAGAGGUAUUUAUCUGUUGGGAUGUCAUCGAUAAAUAGGAAGAAGGGCAGCUAUCUAAUUCCCACCUUGCAGUCCCUCUUCGGACAGUCGUCUUCUGAAGAGCGCUCAGACAUGGUGGUGAUAGUGCUGCUAGCAGAUUUUGAUGUCAGCUGGAGAGUUGCCACAGUGAGGGAGAUCAAAACUGCAUUUGCCUCAGAGUUGGAGCAAGGCCAGCUGGUAAUCAUCCAUGUUCCUGAGGACUACUACCCUCCCCUUACAGGUUUAAAGAGGAACUACAAUGAUGCUCCGCAGAGGGUAUCGUUCCGCUCCAAGCAGAACUUGGAUUACUCCUUCCUCAUCCACUACAGUGCCAGUCUUGCCAAGUACUAUAUCCAGCUGGAGGAUGACGUCUCAUCUGCCAAAAACUUCCUCACCACCAUCAGGAAGCAUGUUGGGGAGCAAGAGGCAAAGAAGACCACUUGGACAAUGCUGGAAUUCUCAGCCCUUGGCUACAUCGGGAAGCUCUACAAAUCCGCCCAUCUUCCUCUCUUGGCCCGCUUCCUCUUCCUCUUCUACCAGGAAAUGCCUUGCGACUGGUUGAUGUCUCACUUUCGAGUGCUGCUGACUCAGAAGGAGACGAUCAUUUUUAAACCAUCGCUGUUCCAGCACAUGGGCACUUUCUCCUCGUUCAAAGGGACAUACAACAAGCUUAAGGACAAGGACUUUGAAGAAGGGCUCUACGCCAAUCCUGCAGCUGAAGUUUACUCUGAUAUGUCCACCUACAAGAAACAUAUCCCCAAAAAUGCCUGGGAAGCAGGGGAGGAAUUCUUCUGGGGGCGUGCCCCAGAAAAGGGAAAUUACCUGACUGUGGUGUUAACAAUUCCUGCAGUGGUGACAGAUAUAUUUGUAGAAACUGGGUCAGAGGGUAAAGACCUCCUGGAGUCAGCUCAGGUGGAGUUGGGCCAUGACGUUACAAUCGAGAACUCUGAGAAGAGUUGUAAGGCGUUCCAGUCAGUCGGGACAGUAGUGAGCGGGAGGUUUGAGAUGCAUGAGGUAAACAAAAAGUAUAACUCUGCUUUAUCCUGUCUGAGGAUACAAGUCACAGCAGGACAGAGGGACUGGGUGAUCAUCAAGAAAAUCCGGAUCACAACAGGGCUGAGUACACAUCCAUGACAAGCAGAGGUGUGACUCUCUAUUCCUGUCAGACUCCUUUAUUUUUAUGUGACAAUAUGAAGAAAAUGUUUGACCAAACUCUGUGGUGUGUCUCUUCAACAUUAUGAAGAGCAUUUGUAAAAGAGCAUAUCCAUAAUAAGAAAGCUUCUCAAUGUGUAAAGAUAUUCUAUGCUUUUAAGUAAAAACUUUAUAUUUCCGACCGCCUUAAAGACAAGCACAUUUCAGAGGUGUCUAUUGUGUAAUGUCUAUUGUUUUUCAAUGUUGAGUUGUGGAGGAGUGUCUAACUGAAAUAAAUGUGUUUGUAUAAUGGUGA